AUGGCUCCACUAGGUGCUUUGCAAAAGUCAUUUAAUGUUGCUCAAAGAGAUAUUGCUGACAAAGAUUGUGCUCGAAUGUUCUAUGCAAGUGGCUUACCUUUCAAUCUGGCAAGGUCACCUUACUUUCGGAAGUAUUCUCAGUCUUUAGUAAACAGCAGCUUGAUAGGUUACACUCCUCCUUCAUAUGAUAGGCUACGUACCACAUUAUUAUCCCAAGAAAAAGCGCAUGUUAAUAGGCUACUGCAACCUAUUAGAGAUUCAUGGAACAAGAAAGGGGUUUCAUUGCUCUCUGAUGGGUGGUCAGAUAGGCAACGACGCCCUCUUAUCAAUGUCAUGGCAUCAUCUGCAGGAGGAGCAAUGUUUGUCAAAGCUAUUGAUUCAAGUGGAAUUGUAAAAGAUGGAGAAUAUGUUGCAAGUUUGUUCAUUAAAGCCAUCAAAGAGGUCGGAGAAGCAAAUGUUGUUCAGAUUGUAACUGAUAAUACAUCCAACUACAAGCAUGCUAGGUUGAGCAUUGAAAACAAGUAUCCACAUAUUUUCUGGACUCCAUGUGUGGUGCAUAGUUUGAAUUUGGCAUUGAAGAGCAUAUGUACCCCACCAGAUAAAGCAACUCAAUAUGAUCAAUGUAAGUGGAUUUCAGAUUUAGUUUUUCAAGUGCAGAAUAUUCAAACCAGGUUUGCAUCUAACAUCAUCAUGGCUAUACGUUUGAGGGAAGUUAAGACAUCCCUUGAGAAAAUGGUAAUGGAUGCAAACUGGAAAAUUUAUAGGGAAGAUGGCAAUAGUGUGGCUGAGAUUAAAGCUCGUGAGGUAAAACAAUGCAUUGUGGAUGACUUAUGGUGGGAUAACAUAGAUUACCUCAUAAGCUUUACUAAACCUAUCAUUGACAUAUUAAGGCAAGCAGACACAAACUCUCCUGUUUUACAUCUGGUAUAUGACAUGUGGGAUACCAUGAUUGAAAGUGUAAAAAAAAUCAUCUUUAACCAUGAAGGGAUAGACAUAAUUGUUGGUCAAUCAACCUUCUUUAAUGUCAUUCACCAAAUUUUGGAGAGUAGAUGGAACAAAAGUAAUACCCCUUUACAUUGUAUGGCCCAUUCAUUGGUUCCAAAAUACUACUGUCAUGCUUGGCUCCAAGAUGGUAGUAAUGGAAUUCCAAGAAUAUCACCACAUGAGGAUCGUGAAGUCUCCAUGAAUAGUAGGGUUUAUGCUGAAUAUGGAGCAUUUUCUAGUGGGUCAGAUUAUUUCAAUCAGCCUCAUGUCAUUAAUGCAAGAAUGUUUGAGGAACCUCUUUCAUGGUGGGCCAAUCAUGGUGCUUCCGCACCAUUACUACAAGCAUUGGCUUUUAAAUUGUUUGUGCAGCCAGCAUCUUCAUCUUGUUGUGAGAGAAAUUGGAGUACAUAUUCUCUAAUUCAAAGCGUUAAGAGAGACCGACUAGCAACAAGUAGAGCUGAAGACUUGGUGUUUGUGCAUUGCAAUCUUCGCUUUUUGUCAAGGAAAAGCAAGGAGUAUAAAGAAGGACCCACAAAAUAUUGGGACAUAUGUGGAGAUUUGUUUGAUAUAGAAGGGCAUGACAUAAUGGAGCUAGCACAAAUUUCCCUUGAUGAUCCAGAGAUGCAGACCAUGACUUUUGAUGGAGACAAUGAAAGUCAGCAAGUUGUUGUUGAAGAUUAA